AUGGCGGAGGCCGCGGCAGCAGCAGAAACCAUGGCGGAGGCCGUGGCAGCAGCAGAAACCAUGGCGGAGGCCGUGACAGCAGCAGCGACGACCCUCCUCCCCGGCCUCCCAGACGAGAUCGUGGUAUGGGAGAUCCUCGUCUGCCUCGACCCCAAAUCCAUCCUCCGCAGCCGCGCCGUCCGCCGCGACUGGCGCUGCGCCAUCACUAACCGCCGAUUCCUCCUCUCCCACCAUGCCCGCCAGCCCGCCCUUCCCAUCCUCUUCAGCGACGGUUACCGUAACAUCCUCACCUUCGAUCACAGGGCAGACGCCGCCUCCCAGCUCCACACCGUCGCUCGGCUUGCUCUCUCCCAGCCCUUCAAGCUCGAGGCCUCCUGCGAUGGCCUCCUCAUUCUCUCCAAGCCUCCUGAGAUGGCUGGCUCUCGCGCCCUCCUCACCGUCUGCAACCCGGUCACUCGUCAGCAUGCCUCCCUCAGGCGGACACUCAAGGACUUCAACAUCUUGGGGAUGUACCCACACUGCCCUACCGGCAAGUACCGGUUGUUACUGCAAGGGAGGAGCUUCAUGGACUCGUCUACUGACCGAACUGGUUGGUAUGUCUUGGAGCUGGGCUCCGAUGAGGCACCUAGGUACAUUGGGUGCUCCAAGACCAAAUUGCAGUUGGCGAUCUUCCAUGCGCCUGUCCGGGUCCGUGAUAGCUUGCAUUGGCACCCAGUGUGUUAUGCCCCGGUGUAUGGGGAGACUGAAUUUUUUCAGCUUGAAAGAAAACUAGUAAUUGUAUUUGACACGAUAGCUGAGUCGUUUCGGCAGAUACGUGCUACCCUUGCUCCCACCAACUACUCAUGUAUCUUUGAGAUGGAUGACAUGCUUGGUAUCUAUAGCUGUAACAAGGCAAAGAACAUUGUCGAUAUAUGGGUGCUGCAGAACUAUGAAAGUGAGAUUUGGGACUUAAAGUACCGGGUUCAAUUGCCAACCGCAGAAAUCUGGGGGAAGUUUGAAGGCAUUGAUGGUGAUAGCUAUUGGUAUGUGACAGUUGUUUCGGGUGAUGGGGUCGUGCUCUUGCUGGUCAGUUUUGGUAAUAGACUGUUUUUUGUUGACACUGGUGGCGAACUGGUUGCUAGCUUCCGAGACUUACAUGUUGGUGAACAUCGGCUCAAACAAACUCUUGUCCCGCAUGAUUUCUUCAUGACACUGGAAGGCUAUGCCGUGGAUGCUUCACCUUUCAUCUGA